AUGUUGUUGUCUCCCUCAGUUUCAGUUUCAAAGUUAUUAACCCUAACAAGGUAUGCUUUCUCUCUUUCUUCCAUUCCCAAUUUUCUUCCAAUUUCUUCUUCAAACACUUUCCUUCUUUCAUUCUCUUCUCAUUCUCCUUUCAAUUCCAACGAAUUUGAUGUUAAUCAUGCUGUUUCCUCAUUCCAUCGCAUGCUCUCUAUGAAUCCUACCCCAUCCAUUGUUCAAUUCAACAUAAUUUUAACUUCUUUUGUUAAGAUGAACCAUUAUCCCACUGCUAUUUCUCUUUCUCACCAUUUGGAAUUCAAUGGAAUUAAGCCUGAUAUUGUUACUUUUAAUAUCUUGAUUAAUUGUUACUGCCACUUAGGUCAAAUGAAUUUUUCGUUUUCUAUAUUGGGAAAGAUUCUCAAGAUGGGAUUUCAGGAAAAUACCAUAACCUUGACUACUCUUAUGAAAGGUCUAUGUCUUAACAAUAAUGUUCGGGAAGCUCUGCACUUUCAUGAUCAUGUGGUGGCAAAGGGAUUUCAGUUGGAUCAACAUAUAAUCACUCUUGUUAAUUUUAGAGUAGACGGAAAAUGGUGCAUCUUCCUCUGUGAAGAUAGAGGGAGAGUAACUUCUCAAGUUAAGUGA